ACGGGGGCGAUAAUGAGCAGAGAACUACACAAACACUCCACACUAGUUAGCAGUUAGCAGUUAGCCAUGUAGCAGCACAUAACACAGUAAGCUAACGACGUACAAAUAUAUCAGAAGGAACUCAUUUUACUCAACACUAGUGAGUCAAGCAAAACGUGGAAAAUAUAGAGUAAAGAUGCAGGCAGGUGACCCCGGGGCAGGAGCAGCCCUGACCGGAGCUCAGAGCCGAUCGGAAGAUGAAGAGUCUCUUGUCGUUAAAGACCUGAAACGAUCCUCCACACAAGCGUUUGGAGGAGGAAGCAUUCCUAAACGCAGAAGCUCCUCCAGGUCGAUAAAGAGGAAGAAGUUCGAUGAUGAGUUGGUAGAGAGCAGUUUGGUGAAGUCGUCCACUCGAGUCAAAGGGUCUCCACUCAUUGAGCCACUGCGUUGUCCGGGCAACGAGCCUUCGUCCAGUGAGAAGAAAAAGCUCACAAAAUCGGGUGCGACUCUCACUCCUCCACUCACAAUGAUGCUGAACCCACCUCCAAUGGCCAAACGAGUGAAGAAGAGCAAACAGCCGCUGCACGUCACUAAAGACUUGGGCCGAUGGAAACCCACAGACGACCUGCUGCUCAUCAACGCCGUGCUACAGACAACAGACCUGACCUCAGUUCAUUUGGGUGUGAAGUUUAGCUGCAGAUUCACUUUGAGAGAAAUCAAAGAAAGAUGGUACUCUCUGCUGUACGACCCAGUCAUUUCUAAACUGGCCUGGCAGGCGAUGAGACAGCUCCACCCAGAGGCCAUCGCAGCCAUUCAAAGUAAAGCCCUCUUCAGUCAGAGUGAAGAGGCUCUGCUGGCCAAGAUCGGAUCUACCAGUCAGCCCAAACUGGACGUCUUCCAGGAUUUACUGAAUAAGCAUCCUGGAGUUUUUCACCCAUCUCGCACUCCCAAGAGUCUGCUCGUGCACUGGCAGCUGCUCAAGCAAUACUACCUGCUGGACGACCAGAGCGUUCAACCUUUGCCUAAAGGAGACCAGGUCCUCAACUUCUCAGACGCAGAACAGAUGAUCGAUGAUGUCAAGUUAAAAGAAAGCAGAGACGAGGCACUAGAACAUGAGCUGAUGGUUUCUGAUCGUCACCAGAAAAGAGAGAUUCGACAGCUGGAACAGGAGCUGCCGCGGUGGCAAGUUUUAGUGGAUAACAUCACAGGAAUGAGUAUGCCAGAUUUUGAUAACCAGACUUUGGCCGCGUUACGAGGGCGAAUGGUGCGCUACCUCAUGAGAUCCAGAGAGAUUACACUGGGCAGAGCUACAAAGGACAAACAGAUCGAUGUGGACCUGUCACUGGAGGGUCCAGCCUGGAAGAUAUCCAGGAAACAAGGUAUUAUUAAAUUAAAAAAUAAUGGAGAUUUCUUCAUUGUAAACGAGGGACGGCGGCCCAUUUACAUUGAUGGAAGACCGGUUUUAUCUGGAAACAAGUGGAAACUCAACAACAACUCAGUCGUAGAGAUUGCAGGUCUGCGGUUUGUUUUCUUAAUAAACAUGGAGCUCAUAUCUUUAAUAAAAGCUGAAGCGGCCAAAAUCGCCCAGCAGUGAAGUCACCACCAGGGGGCGCUGAAAUGUGAAGUAAUGGUUGUAAUUGAGUUACAAUAUAAACAGGUUUGGACUUUUCUGUUAUUAUUGUAGAUGGCUUCUGGGUCUGUCAGUUUUUCACCUUAUGUAUCUGUCUGUAUAUUCUGUUGUAAAACUUUUU